AUGUUACAUGGCGUCGGUUUAACGGAGGCCGAUUUGAAUUCAGCACAAAUUGGCAUUGUAGCCAUGUGGUAUGAAGGUAAUCCAUGUAAUAUGCAUUUAAAUCAAUUAGCUGGUCAUGUGAAAUCGAGCAUGCAGACGAUACCUGACCUGAUUGGAUUUCAGUUUAAUACCAUUGGGGUUAGCGAUGCGAUCAGCAUGGGAACUGAUGGCAUGAGUUAUUCGUUACCGUCACGCGAUCUCAUUGCAGAUAGUAUAGAAACUGUGAUGGGUGCACAUUACCUGGAUGGUUGUAUCACGGUGCCUGGUUGCGACAAAAACAUGCCCGGCUGUGUAAUGGCUAUGGCACGGUUGAAUCGCCCGUCUCUUAUGAUCUAUGGUGGUACUAUACAGCCAGGUUAUUCCGAAUGUCAUCCCGAACAGAUCGUUGAUAUCGAAUGUACAUUUCCUGCUUAUGCUCAAUAUUUGAAAGGUGAAAUUAGUGACAUUGAACGAAAAGAUAUUGUUAGACAUGCUUGUCCGGGUGCAGGAGCAUGCGGUGGAAUGUAUACAGCAAAUACAAUGGCCUGUGCAAUCGAAGCCAUGGGACUUACAUUACCCUACAGCUCAUCUACGCCAGCCACUGAUCCACUGAAAAUUGAAGAAUGUAAAAGAGCACCGUAUGCACUAAAAAAUUUAUUAGAAAAUGAUAUUAAGCCAAGAGAUAUAAUGACCAAAAAAGCAUUUGAAAAUGGAAUGUCAAUUAUAAUGGCCUUGGGUGGUUCAACAAAUUCUGUUUUGCAUCUGAUAGCAAUGGGUCAUGCAGCAAAGGUCGAAAUUAAACUAGAAGAUUUCCAACGUAUGAGUAAUGCGACACCGUACAUUGCCGAUCUUAAACCAUCUGGGAAGUAUUUGAUGGCCGAUUUGCAUUCCGUGGGAGGGACACCUGCUGUACUCAAGUAUUUGUUAGCUCAAGGUAAAAUUCAUGGUGAUAUAAUCACUGUCACUGGCAAAACAUUAGCCGAAAAUUUAGCCUCGUGUCGGGAAUUAGGCUUUGUUGAGGGUAUAAAAUCAAAUGUUAAGAAAGGCUUAGGACCUGGCAAUCAAGAUUUAAUUCAUCCAUUUGAAAAACCUAUCAAAUCAUCCGGACAUUUACAGAUUUUGCGAGGAAACUUAGCGGUUGAUGGCGCUGUGGCAAAAAUAACCGGCAAAGAAGGAACAUCUUUUGAAGGAAACGCUUUGGUUUAUGAUAGUGAAGAAGAAAUGUUAGAAGGAUUGAAAAAUGGACAAAUAAAGAAAGGUGAAAAAAGUGUCAUUGUUAUUCGGUAUGAGGGUCCGCGAGGUGGUCCAGGUAUGCCAGAAAUGCUAAAACCCACGGGACUAUUGAUGGGUGCUGGAUUAGGUAAAGAUUGUGCGUUGGUUACAGAUGGUCGAUUUAGCGGUGCUUCUCAUGGAUUCAUCGUUGGACAUGUAAGUCCAGAAGCUGCCGUUGGUGGUAAUAUUGCUCUUGUAGAGACAGGUGAUCAAAUAUCAAUUAUUUUAAAACCAAAUAAUGCUGGUGGCUCUGGAGGAACGCUGAUAGUUCAUGUCAGUGAUGAAGAACUAGUUGAACGUCGGUCAAAGUGGAAACCACCAAAACCAAGAGCAGAACAUGGAUUUUUAAGAAAAUAUAUUAACUGUGUACAAUCAGCAUCGAACGGAUGCAUCACAGAUGCUUAA